CGCGAUGGCGUCAUGACGCAAGUCUCCGCCUCUCCUGCUGAAGGAGCGGAAGUUCCGUUGUGACCUGGGAUAGCAAGCGCAUCUCCUCACAUUGUAUGUGUGGCAACAACAUGUCUGUACCCCUGCUCGCUGAAGCCGUGACGGUGCCUGGGACGGAGAAGGAGACGGCUGUGGUGAUCUUCCUUCAUGGCUUGGGCGAUACAGGACACGGCUGGGCUGAUGCCAUGACAUCGAUUCGACUGCCGUACAUCAAAUACAUCUGCCCACAUGCGCCCAGAAUCCCUGUAACGCUCAACUUGAAGAUGACCAUGCCGUCAUGGUUUGAUCUGAUGGGCUUAAGCCCGGAAUCACCGGAGGAUGAAGCAGGGAUUAAGAGAGCAGCAGAGAACAUAAAAGCCAUCAUCGAUCACGAGGUAAAGAACGGUAUACCAUCCAAUCGUAUUGUCCUCGGGGGCUUCUCUCAGGGUGGAGCUCUGUCUCUCUACACCGCUCUGACCUCUCAGCAGCAGCUCGCUGGCGUCGUCGGACUCAGCUGUUGGCUUCCCCUUCAUAAGACUUUCCCACAGGCUGCAGGUGCGAGUGCAAACAAGGACACUCCCAUUCUUCAGUGUCACGGUGAGAUGGAUCCCAUGAUCCCGGUGCAGUUUGGGGCCAUGACAGCAGAGAAGCUCAAGACCAUUGUGUCUCCAGAGAAUAUCACCUUCCGCACCUACCCGGGUCUCAUGCACAGCUCCUGUCCUCAGGAGAUGUCUGCUGUGAAGGACUUCAUUGAAAAGCAGUUGCCCCGAGUCUGACCUCAUUCUAACUCACUGUGACCCUUAGACACUGACCUCUCACCUCCGACCGGCCAUUCUCCCACAGGAAACAGCCAUGAUCCCCCUGCAAACCACACACACACAUACAUGCGCGUCAGUUGUACAUACUGUGAACAUGCAUCACAUGCAUACCCUAUCAUCUCAUCUCACGCCUUUUGUUUUUGAUCUCAUUCAUCAGUAGACGUUUAUUGAAUUAAAAUCUUAUUAUUAUUAUUUGGUUUCAAUGCACACUUUAACAUCAUGAAAUUAUUCUUAUUAUUAUUUUUAUUUUUAAGGGAGAUUCUUCAUUUUACAUUCCUGUAAGCAUUAAAUCUUAAAAUGUUUCCCUGUAUCUCUCUCUUUUUCCAAAAUUUCUUUUUUUUCUUCAUAAGCAAUGCAGGUAAGAUUUUACUAGAUGGGAGAUGUGCGGUGCGUCUGGAGUGAUCUCCAUCACGUGACGCUGCUCUGCAUGCUUUCACCGGUCAGUGUAUCUUUUGGUCAUUGGAUUUUCAUUUUAGAAACCGAUAAUGAAAAAGGUAAUGAUUCACGAAGAACAUCAAGUAGUUGCUUCGUACCGUUUUUCUUUUUAAAGUCUUCAGGUGAUUUAAAAACACAAAUGUUACAGCACAAUGCCUGCCUCAGUGUGUGAUACAAUCCUCUAACUCCACCCCUUUAUUCUAUAGUCAAUCACAAUGCGUCAUUAGUUAGACGGCCACUCUCAUUUUCAUUUAAAUAUUUCAUGAUUAACCACAUAAGGACUAUUUACCUUCAGAAACGGGUAUUGAAAAAUUAAAAAUGAGUCGUUUUUUGAUUUUCGUUAUAAAAUUAAAAGUCGAAAAUUGAAAUUUAUUGCGUUUUUUUUUAUUUUCGUUUUUUUUUUUUUUUUUUAAGAUUUAUUUUUGGCCUUUUUGCCUUUUUUAAGUGGAUAGGACAGUAUUCCAGACAGGAAGCGAAGUGGGAGAGAGAGGGGGGUUAGGGACAGGAAAUGUCCUCAAGCCGGGUUUCGAACUCGGGACACCCUGAAGUGCUACAGCACCAUAUGUCGACUCGCUAACGACUUGAUUUUCGAAUGGUUUUGAAUUUUGAAAUAAAAAUAUAAAAAAUGACUCGUUUUUCGUUCUUAUGGUGAAAAGCAAAACGCAAAAAAUUAUUUGUUUGAAUUUUUUUUUAUUUCAAAUUACAAAAAAUAAAAUCAUGAGAAAACAAAAAUGAAUGAAGAAUUUUUUUUUUAGAUUCCGAAACCAGAUAGGCCGACUCAUUUACGGCGACGCAAUGCUGCCACACACAGGCUAGCCUACUAUAGGCUAUUAUUUAUUUCCACUUAAUAUCGUUAUAAAAGGUAUGUUCUUUAUUUUGUCAAGACAUAUUUUCCCUUAUUAAGACAAGGCAUUUCUCAUAUAAGGGUCGGUUAUAGGCUAUAUAUUUAUUUUUUGUUAGGAUGUUUUAAAUGAAACAACCUUUAUUUUGACAUUACAUGCAAGCGCUAGGUUGCUUUACUAAACACUUUAACAGUUUUAAUAUUGUUAAAACCAUAAUACUUCCACUUCCCGAAGUUUUACCAUGAAUACUUUUUUUUUUACGUUUGAGAGAGGCAUUAAUACAGUUGUUCGUUACGCACAUUUCAAUAAUUUCAUGAAUUAAAAUGAAGAAUUUUAUCUGAAAGGAGGCAUGCUGCACAAACACCCUGGUAAGGAUCCCGUGUCUUUCAAAAGCGGACUAUCGCUAAGCUUGCCGUUGUGUGCAUGCAUCAUCACCCCUCUACAGGGGAUCUAUCCAUAAGUUUAAUAUUUAACACGGAGAGAUGAGCAAUGAUUCCAAACGAAUGCUCAAUGUUACUGUCACUUCUGAAGUGGAAGUGAUUUUUAACAGUAAACUUUAUUUUCAGAAAACUGUUCAGCACUGCAAAUACUACAUCAGUUAUGUUGUUCCAUAUAACCGGCUUCAAUGAGGAAAAUAUGUCUUGACAAAAUCCCGUUAUAAUAAAAAAAUACCUUCUAUAACGAUAUUAAGUGGAAAUAUAUAAUAGCCUAUACUAGGCUAGCCUGUGUGUGGCAGCAUUGUGCACCGUGAAAGAGUGUAUCUGGUUUGGAAUAUAAAAAAAAUAAGGUCUUUAUUUGUUUUUGUUUUCUGGUGCUUUUAUUUUUUGUUAAUCGAAAUAAAAAUCUAAUAAUUUUUGAAUUUAGUUUUUCUGUUUUUCACCAUUAAAAAAAAGCCUUUUUUUAUAUUUACGCUUUAAAAUUCUAAAACAAAAAUCAAAAAACGCAUCGAGUAUAAAUGUUCGUUUUUUUAAUUUUAAAACAAAAAUCAAGUUAGUUUUUCAAUAUCUUAAACUAAUAUAAUAUAUUAGUUUUUCAUUUUAGUUUUUCAAUAUCCGUUUCUAAAAUGAAAAUUCAAUGACCAAAAGAUACACUGACCGACCUUUUACCUACGUUGCAUGUCGGCCCUGGGCCUUCAUCCAGAUGCUGCAACUCAUACUUGUGCUUUUUGUUUACUAGAAAUACGAGAAAGGCAAGCAAAGGCUCUAAUAAACUAAGCAAAUUGAAAUCUUCCAGUAUGCCUUGUUCUUUUCACCUAAUUUACGCCAAUAUUAAAAAAUCAUCUAUGCCAGAGUGGAAUCUGCUGGUGAGUCUAUAUGCAAAAUUAUGAUUUAUUAUUUAUGAAUUGCACAACACUUGUAUAACAAACCUAUUUAAAGUUAAAUAAAUUCACAUAGCCAGCUUUAGAUUUGAGAAUUUAACUCUGUGUAAUAGUAAUAAUCUAUAAUAGUAAGCGCUGAACAUCACUUGUUAUUAAUAAUAAUACUACUAAUCUGAGUGAAUCACUCCAGACGCACACCCGGAUAAUAUGUUCCUCUUGCUUUAAAUAGCAUCACAAAUCCACCUCAUAAUCAUCCUCCAAUCACAUACAAGUGUUCUGGGGUCUCAGACGGCUUCUGUAAAUACAUUUCAGGUUCCAUAACGUUGAAUAAAAGUCUUGUUUACUGACACGACCUAUUAAUAAAAGUCUGAAGGUCACAGUUAUAUUAAAGAAGCGCGAUUAGCUAUUAAAAACCGAACGAUGAGUUUGCAAACAUAAUCCUUUCUCUCACCGUUUCGCUUGUAUACAUUUGGAAAAUUGGAUUACAAUGGUUUCUGUGUGAUGAUAUCUAAACCAGUCGUUUGCAAAGUAGUGAAUGUUGCUUUUUUUAAAUCUAAAUCGAUGUUCUUGGAUAUAUUAGUUCAGUAUUAUUUGACCUUUUUGGCUAUUUGACUUUUCAUAACUGCUAUGAUCCCCCUUUUUAUAAUUGGCAUUACUCUGUAUUGUUGGUUGGAGUGAUUUCUUGACUGGUGUUUCUCAAUGCCCUGUGGCUUGAAUGUUUGUUGUGUGAAACAUGGGCAUGCCAGGCACAAGUUGGUCAGCAGAAACUGGCAAUAUCUUUGGGUUUAACAGUGAACUUAUUAUUAGUUUAUGUUCCACUUGAGUUGUAUUUUGUUGUUGGGUUUUUUUUUGUUGUCAUUUGUGCUGAUUUAAGGAAAUCUGUCAUGUUCGGUUGUCGUAUUUUUAUUUGAAGUUUGCUGAGGGACAAUUGGUUCCUCAGAAAUCUUUUCCGAAACACCUAUAUGUGAAAUAAAUGAUGCAAAUCGCA